AUGACCAAUUCUUUUGAAUCCAAACUGAGACCAGGAGGCUAUGGUCAAGUAUAUAAAGGAAAUCUAAGCAACAACUCUCCUGUGGCCGUGGCAGUGAAGGUACUGAAUGCUUCCAAAGGGAACGGGGAAGAAUUUAUCAACGAGGUUAUAAGCAUCAGUAGAAAGUCCCAUGUAAAUAUUGUUAAUCUCCUUGGUUUUUGUCUUGAAGGCCAGAAGAAAGCACUUGUCUACGAUUACAUGCCCAAUGGAUCCCUUGAAAAGUUUAUACACAACAGGAAUUUGGAAACCAAUCCACCUUUGAGUUGGGAAAGAUUACACCGCAUUGCUGAAGGGAUAGCUAAAGGACUGGAGUACUUGCAUAGAGGGUGCAACACUCGGAUAUUACAUUUUGACAUAAAACCAAGCAACAUCCUUUUGGACAAAAAUUUCUGUCCCAAAACCGAAGUGAAUAUUUGCACCACUACGAGUAGCUGUGAUUAA